AUGCUUCGACGCCUUCCGUCUAAAGUGAUGCUGUGUGAAGAGGCUGGGGAAGUACUAGAGGCACACCUUCUACCGGCUCUGCUGCCUUCAGUCGAGCAUGUCAUACUCAUCGGUGACCACUUCCCGCUUCGCCCACAGAUUCAAGUCUAUGGACUGUCCAGAGAGAACCAUCGAGGCGGGAAGCAGUAUUCCUUGGACCGAUCGUUGUUUGAGCGACUGGUGAAUCCUGAUGACGGUUCGGGCGUGCAGAUCCCAUUCAGCACGUUGGAAACCCAGCGCCGUAUGCACCCAUCCAUUGCCCAAUUGGUUCGAGAUACGUUGUAUCCUCGCUUGGAAGAUGCUCCGUCGGUGAUGGCACACCCCGAGGUAUGCGGAAUGCGCCGCCGGCUGUUUUGGCUCGAUCAUCAGCAUCCUGAAGCCACCGACGAGCUGGGCACCUCGUAUUCGAACCCUUUCGAAGUGGAAAUGACUACAGCGCUGGUGACUCACCUCCUGCGACAAGGCUCGUACGAAGCGGGCGAUAUCGCGGUACUCACUCCGUACCUUGGGCAGCUCCAUCAGCUCCGUCACAGGCUGGUCGAGUCCUUCUCUACUGUUCUCGGCGAAAGAGACCAAAAAGAUUUGGAUGCUGCGGGAUUGAACGAUAAUGCCAGAGGAGCGCCUAUCCCUGGUGUGACAAUGCAGACUAUCCGCGCGGCCACCAUUGAUAACUUCCAGGGUGAGGAAGCCAAGGUAGUUAUAUGUUCCCUCGUGAGAAGCAAUGCGCAGCGACGGUGUGGAUUUUUGCGAACGUCUAACCGCAUCAAUGUGCUGCUUUCGCGCGCUAAACACGGCAUGUACAUCAUUGGCAAUUCAGCUACCUCUUGCGAUGUACCGAUGUGGCGGCAGAUCGUGGAUGUCUUGAAAAGCAACGGCAACUUUGGAACUCUUCUCGAUCUGCAAUGUCCUCGGCACCCAGAGUCGCCCAUCGCCGUGUCAGAGCCGGACCACUUUAUGCAGUAUUCUCCGGAAGGUGGUUGCGACCAGGACUGCGCGGACCAACUGCAAUGCGACCAUGCCUGUCCGAAGUUGUGCGGGGACCAGUGUCCUAAACUCUGCCAGAUGGCAGUCGUUGAUGCCAAUCGCAGACUUGCAUGCGGACAUGCUGUUGAAGAACUCCCAUGCUGGCAGGCACAGGAUCUUUCCCUGGUGAUGUGUCCGGUGCGCGUGGAGAAGACAGUUCAUGGAUGCAAUCACACUGUGCAGGUGGCCUGCCAUGUCAACGUCGGCAGCCCUGAGUUCAACUGUCAGGCUAUUUGUGGAGCAGAACUACCCUGCGGUCAUGUUUGCAAGCUGCCAUGUUGGAAGUGCAAUGUUUCAGAUGGAGAAAACAAUGUCCAAACCAGCCACGAAGCAUGCGACCAGCUAUGCGAUCGGAUAGUUGACUUGUGUGCACACCUGCCUCAAACCCUGCCAUGGCUCAAAGCUAUGUCCUGUCUGCAAGGCCCUGUGUGA